UCCGAUGGAGGUUAGACGGAUCCCAUUCGAAAGCUUAAAUCUGUUUUCUCUCUCCUCUAGGGUUUACCUCCGGGCACUUAUGCUACAAGACUGCGAGUCACUCCAUUGACCUCUCUGGCUACGAUCAGGUCAAGUUCGGGUGCAGUUCAGAUUUUCAUGAGAAAAAAGUGAAGCUGCCAUGACCAAUUACUUUGAAUGCUACAAAUGCGUGAUUAGACUACCUCCUUCCCAUAAGCAUGCACUGAUGAAUUAAUGUUUUUUCUGAUCGGUAAACCAUGAAGCUUGUUGCAUUGCUCAGAUCCAUUUCUGUCCGCCCCACUCUUAGAGAAAUAACUGGUCCUUUGCAGUCAUGUUCAUUCCAAUCUGACUUUGUUCCCAAAGAUCCCCAUGCAAAACCCAAAAGAUACAAGUACCCACCAUUCUAUGAUCCCUAUGGCCCUAGACCCCCACCUUCUGACAAGGUCAUUGAGCUUGCAGAGCGAAUUGCAGCCCUACCCACAGAAGAACGGAUUCAAAUCGGUCCCACACUCCGAGAGAGACUACGCCAUCCCAAGAUGCAGUCAAUAUCGGUUGAGGGCAUGGACGUUGGUAUCCACGGAGGGGCAGGUGCUGGAUCAACAAAAGCUGAGGAAAAGAAGGCAGAGAAAACAGCAUUUGAUGUGAAGUUAGAGAAAUUUGAUACAGCUGCAAAAAUCAAGGUGAUCAAAGAGGUGAGGGCUUUUACAAAUCUGGGAUUGAAAGAAGCGAAAGAUCUGGUCGAGAAGGUACCGGUUUUAAUUAAACAAGGGGUUACCAAAGAGGAGGCAAAUGGUAUAAUAGAGAAGAUUAAAGCUGCUGGAGGCAUUGCAGUGAUGGAGUGACACUCUUAACCACUCUUGUAGGAUCUGUUCUUUUCUUUCAGGUUCUAUCAUUGUUUAAAAGAACCAGUGGGAUAUCUAUCCUCCCAAAUAUGAAUUUUGUCUUCAAGUCCCUGGAUAGGAGUUCAUGCUAGAGUUUAGGGAGAAUUUCUUUCAAACUUGUUUCCUUGUUUUGAAUUAAGCUUCUAAAUUUUAUUAUGCUAAGACAGUGUGUUGUCCACACCCCUAUGCUAAACCAAUGCAACAGUAUGGUUCUCUAGUGUUCCUGCUGCUGCGAUGCAAAUUAGUCAGCAUAUCAAGGGUGUCCCCAGCCUGAGUUGCUGGGGAAUUGCUGUUUCAUUGUGGUU